ACUGCUGCAACUUUUGCAGAGACUCCUCACUCCACAGACAUGUCGCACAAUAGCUGAAGUAAACCUGUCAUCGCGGCUCUCCAUUCGGGCCAAAUUACGCCGCAGGUGAGGAUCUACGGACGCGCAGCCCGGUCGCUACUUGGCCGCUUUCCUCGCAUCGGACCCCGGCUUUUUUUUUUUUCUUUCUUUCUUUUUUUUUUUUCUUUAAACCGGCCUGGAUAUGAAUUAUGAGCAUUUUCUCCACUAAUGAACCGGGCCAGUGAUGCAGGAGACCGCGGCGACCCUCUCAUCAGUGUUUCAAGAUGGCAGAUUUUUAUUGAGUUUUGAUCAGAAAGCUCGCUUUAUUCUUUGCCAUGAAUAACAGGAAUCCUUGCACCGAUGGCCCCUGUAUACGAAGGUAUGGCCUCGCAAGUGCAAGUGUUCUCCCCUCACACUCUCCAGUCAAGUGCCUUCUUUAGCGUAAAGAAACUGAAGGUGGAGCAGAGCUGUAACUGGGAUAUGACAGGGUACGGCACGCAUAGCAAAGUCUACAACAGCAGCAAGAACGUGUCGGCCACUGGUGGCGCUCCUCUAGGCCUCAGCGGCUCCGCCCUGCCCUACGAGCAGACCCUGAUCUUCCCGGCCAGCGCUGGCCACAUCGUGGUCGCCUCGGCCAGCAGCACCUCGGGGGCCGUCGGCUCUCUGCUGGGCAGCAGCGGUGGAGACAGCAGCGGUGGUAGCGGCGGCGGCGGAGUCCACAACCUGACGCGGCGCAGCACGGUGAGCCUCCUGGACACCUACCAGCGAUGCGGGCUUAAGCGCAAGAGUGAAGAGCUCGACAACAACAGCAGCGUGCAGAUCAUUGAGGAGCACGGCCCAUCCAUGAUCCAGAACGGUGGAACCAGCGGAGCCACAGCGGCCACCGCCACCUCCACGGCGACAUCCAAGAACAGCGGCUCCAACAACGAGGGCGACUACCAGCUGGUGCAGCACGAGGUGCUCUGCUCCAUGACCAACACCUACGAAGUCUUGGAGUUCCUGGGGAGGGGAACCUUUGGCCAGGUGGUCAAGUGUUGGAAGAGGGGAACCAAUGAGAUAGUGGCCAUCAAGAUCCUAAAAAACCACCCAUCGUACGCGCGGCAGGGUCAGAUCGAGGUCAGCAUCCUGGCGCGCCUCAGCACAGAGAGCGCAGACGACUACAACUUUGUGAGAGCCUACGAGUGCUUCCAGCACAAGAACCACACGUGCCUGGUGUUUGAGAUGUUGGAGCAGAACCUGUAUGACUUCCUCAAGCAGAACAAGUUCAGCCCGCUGCCGCUCAAGUACAUCAGACCGGUGCUCCAGCAGGUCGCCACGGCGCUGAUGAAGCUGAAGAGCCUGGGGCUGAUCCACGCCGACCUGAAGCCGGAGAACAUCAUGCUGGUGGAUCCUUCGCGUCAGCCCUACAGGGUCAAAGUCAUUGACUUUGGUUCAGCCAGCCACGUGUCCAAAGCAGUGUGCUCCACCUACCUGCAGAGCAGAUACUACAGGGCUCCAGAGAUCAUCCUGGGCCUGCCGUUCUGUGAGGCCAUAGACAUGUGGUCGCUGGGUUGUGUAAUAGCUGAGCUGUUUCUGGGAUGGCCUCUCUACCCCGGAGCCUCCGAGUAUGACCAGAUUCGGUACAUCUCACAGACGCAGGGUCUUCCGGCAGAGUAUCUGUUGAGUGCAGGGACGAAGACCACCAGGUUCUUCAACAGAGAUCCAGAUUCCACCUAUCCCCUCUGGAGACUGAAGACUCCGGAAGACCACGAGGCUGAGACGGGGAUCAAGUCCAAGGAGGCUCGCAAGUAUAUCUUCAACUGCUUGGAUGAUAUGGCACAGGUGAACAUGACAUCAGACCUGGAAGGAAGCGACAUGCUGGCGGAAAAGGCAGACCGGAGGGAGUUCAUUGACCUGUUGACCAAGAUGCUGACUAUCGAUGCUGACAAGAGGAUCACCCCCAUCGAAACGCUCAACCACUCCUUCGUUACCAUGUCGCAUCUCCUCGAUUACCCUCACAGCACCCACGUAAAGUCAUGCUUCCAAAACAUGGAGAUCUGCAAGCGUCGCGUCAACAUAUACGACACAGUCAACCAGAGCAAAACGCCCUUCAUCACCCAUGUGGCCCCCAGUACCUCCACCAACCUCACCAUGACCUUCAACAACCAGCUGAACACUGUGCACAGCCAGGCCACCAACCUGGCUCCCUCCUCCACCAACAAUGCCACCCUUUCCUUUGCCAGUCCUGACGUCUCCAUACUAAACUACCAAUCUGCACUCUACCAGCCCUCUGCCGCCUCCAUGGCGGCUGUGGCCCAGAGGAGCAUGCCGCUGCAGCCGGGGGCGCCGCAGCUCUGCGCCGCUCGGCCCGACCCCUUCCAGCAGGCGCUCAUCGUCUGCCCGCCGGGAUUCCAAGGUUUGCAGGCAUCCCCUUCCAAGCACACCAGUUACUCUGUGAGGAUGGAGAACGCGGUUCCCAUAGUGACGCAGGCUCCCGGUGCCCAACCUCUGCAGAUCCAACCUGGCCUCCUCACACAGCAGGCCUGGCCCAGCGGUACCCAGCAGAUCCUGCUGCCUCCAGCGUGGCAGCAGCUCACCCACACCUCCGUCCAGCAUGCCACCGUCAUCCCAGACUCCAUGGGCAGCACACAGACUCUCGCCAACUGGAGGAAUUCCCAUCCUCAUGGGAGCCAUUAUAAUCCCAUCAUGCAGCAGCCAGCCUUGCUGACUGGUCAUGUCACACUCCCAUCAAACCAGACUCUCAAUGUGGGCGUGGCUCAUGUCAUGAGGCAGUCAUCCAUCAAUAACAACUCCUCUUCCAAAAAGACCAAACAGCACCAGAUGUCGACCAGGAACGUGUCGACCUAUGAGGUGUCAUCCUCCCAGAUGGUGCUGUCGCCACAGCGAUCCAAGCGGGUGAAGGAGAACACGCCCCCUCGCUGCGCCGUGCUACAGAACGGCUCGGCGGCCCACUGCCCACCGGCACAGGGCUGCGCCGGAGGAGGGUGGGGCGCCAACGAAGCAGAACAGGCUUCAAGCACCACCCGCGACCAUCAGCACCAGCACCAUGUCCCCAGACAGACCAUCAUCAUCCCCGACACGCCCAGCCCCGCCGUCAGCAUCAUCACCAUCAGCAGCGACUCAGAGGACGACGACCAGAAGCAGAACAACGGCUCAUCUUCCAAGCACAGAAAGAACGUCAUCAGUUGUGUGACGGUCCAUGAUUCCCCAGAGUCAGACUGCUCCAGCCACAACAGCCCCUACAGCCUGGAGUCACGACCCCACAACCACAACAACAACAACAGCUACGACACGAAAACCACCAUCCUGGACAACUACAACAAUGGGAACCCUCGCACAAUCAUCAUCCCUCCGCUGAAGACGCAGAACACUGAGGUGCCCAGCGAAUGUGAGCGGCUGAUGCCAGAUGGACUGAAUCAUCAGAAUAUAGCUUACAAGUUUAAAUCCUCCAAUGGAGUGACAGCGGGCAAUAAUCACAUACCAGGAGGCAUGGCCGGGGGCGUGGCCUAUCGACAUCAGCGCUCAGGACCACACCCACUUCAGCAGCAGCCACUCAAUCUCAGCCAGGCUCAGCAGCACAUGGUGGCUGAGCGAAAUGCAGGACACCGCCGGCAGCAGGCCUACAUCACCCCCAACAUCGCCGCUCAAGCCCCGUAUUCUUUCCAUCACAACAGCCCCUCCCACACGGGCGGCGUCCACCCGCACCUGGCCGCCACCCACCUGCCAGGCCAGCCCCACCUGUACACCUACACGGCCCCCGCCGCCCUGGGCUCCACCGGCACCGUGGCCCACCUGGUGGCGUCGCAGGGCUCGGCGCGCCACGCCGUCCAGCACGGGAGCUACCCCCCCAGCAUCGUCCACCAGGUCCCGGUCAGCGUGAGCCACCGCGUACUGCCAUCGCCCACAAUGCACCACAGCCAGUACCAGGCCCAGUUCGCCCACCAGGCCUACAUCAGCGCCUCACCCGCCUCCACUGUCUACACUGGAUACCCACUGAGUCCCACCAAGGUCAACCAGUAUCCUUACCUCUAGAGACGAGCCGGACUGACACUGAAGGGGCCCGACCCCCGACCCAGCGAUGCUGCUUCCCGCACUGCAAAAACACAAAACCUCACCAAGAAUAUUUAGUCUAGGUUCUGGUGCAAAUAUAUAGUACUGUUGAAAUAAUACAAAAUACUUACAAGUAACUUUCUGUUGAAAUAAUACAAAACUUACAAGUAACUUUUCAGCAUGAAAUAGGAGCUUGUUCAGUAAUUAAUUAAUAUUAUUGAUGUGAAAUUAUUGUAGGUAGAAUCUCCAAGUACUCAAGUAAGAGUAGCACCACUUCAACAAAUUUUUAUUCAAGUGAAAGUAAAAAGUAGUUGAGAAAUUACUCAAGUAAGAGUAGAAGAGUAUUUGGUAAUUGGUAAUAAAGCUACAUCAGUCAUUUAAUAUUUCAAAAUUACAUCAUCAGGCCGACAAAGUUAUGUGGAAUUUUAGGUAUUUUAAAGACCAAAAUAAAAAUAAUUCAUAUAACUAAUUAUAACAAAGUAACAAAAACAGGAAAAAGACACAUUUUUCCAAAUCAAUUCCUUUCAGUAAAUUUCAUAACUUAUGACCUUUUAACCAUAACUGCCAAUAUUUGUCUGGUGAAUUAUUAGUUGUUCUUGAUUCAGUGAAGUUACUCACACUGGGUUGGGUAUCCAGAAAUUUUACUCAAGUAAGAGUAAAAUUUACAAAAAGUAAAUGUUACUAGUUAUUACCCAACUCUGGUUAAUAUUGAUGAAAAUGAAGCUAUAAUUGAAAUAGUCUGCCAUUGGAACAAGACACUUUUCCUGUAUUAUAUUAUAAAUUAUAAUAUGAUAAAAGUAUUUUUUUCACUGUCAGAUUAUUUCACUUAUAACUAGUACUUUUUAUAUAAAUUAAGAAAUUAAGCUCCCAUACCUUGCUGAAAAGUUAGUUUUGUCUUAUUUCAGGUCUACUAAGAAAUUUGCACCAGUAACUGGAUCAUAAAUCUUGGUGAGAUUUUGUGUUUUUGCAGUGUUCAUCCUCCAUCCCAUCCUCUCCUCGACCUCAGACAUGAACAGAGACAGAGGAACAUGCAACCCUCAUGAAGCUGUCAUGUGUAACUUGAAGAAGGAAUGACUGAACAGAAGGAAACGUGACUCAGAUCCUCUGGAGAAGAGAAAAAUGAUGCCGACUGUUUUUCUUCUUUUGACUAUUUUCCCCCCAGAAAAGGGCCAGUUCUGCUUUUGUUUCCCCUCCCUUUGCUUUCCUUUACAAAAGAAGCAACGUCUCAUUAGUUUUGUGGGGAAAGUUUCGAGGACAGCGGACAUUUUAAGAUUUAUUUAAUUUCUUUCCCCGCUCUCCUCUCCCGUCCCCCGCCUAAAUAUGUUUGGGACUGUUGAACAGGGGGGCGAUAUUGACUGGAAGUUUGAAUUCCCAAAAGCUUUGGGACUUGGUGAAAUACGUAAACCUGCUGCUCUUCAAAGAUAAAAAAAA